AUGGUGGUGUUCUGUUGUGAAAACGCAAUCUCGUCGGAAAAGCGGCACUCUUUCUGCGUCUUGCACCCCCACGUGGCCCCAGUGAAACUGUGUCUUCCUGCCGACAUGACUGUUGCCAAGCCAGAUCCUGCCGGUGUCGACGCAACAAGUCAGGCCGGCUGGACGUCUGUCCGUGAUGGUCGGCUCCGACCGACCAUGCCUCACAAACCAGGCAUAUCGUCUUCUUGUGGAACUAUUUGCCCAAUUAUUCACCUCAUUUCUACUCGGACUGGAGACACGACU